CUCUCCGCCAGUACCACCCUCGCGCUCCCCUCGUCCUCGGCGCUUAGGAAGGCACCGCCCGUCCACCGCUAGUGCGCGACGGCCAGCACCGUAGCAAGCAGACGCACGGUCACGAGACAGACUACUGUUGGUAAGGAGCGGCUGGAAACUUCUGGCUUGAUGGAGGCAGAGCACCGUUCGGAGCGUACCGAGGGCGAUAUGAGCAAAGUCAGUGUGAAGAGAAACAAGAGCAAAAAGAAAGAGGGGAAGAAGAAGAAAGAGGAAGAAGCUGAGACGAAAGGGCAGACAGUUGAUGCCACGGCUGAAAAUUCAGUGGCAGAGAGAGGCGAGGUUGAGGGGAAACAAUCUAGCAAGUCAAGGAAGAGCAAGCGCAAGCGUAGCGAUGCUGGCGAGGCUUCUGUUGGUGAUCAUGUUGUGACAAGAGAAGAUAAGAAGAGAAAGAAGAAGCAUACAGUUGUGCUGGAAAAGAGCAGCCAACCCAAAAAUACUAGUAAAGGUGAGCAUGGAGAGAUCAAGGAGAGGGUUAAGGAAAGCAAUGAAUCCAGUCCAAAAUUUAGCGAGAAUGCAUCUGCUGGGAGAGAGGAAGCUGACGUAGAUGGAAAAAAUGAGAAAAAGAAAAAGAAGAGCAGGGAGGGGACACAAGAAGGAAUGAAGGAGAAAGAAAAGGCAGUUCGGUCAAAGAACAAGGGUAAGCGGGUGAGCUUUGCUGAUUCCACAGAGGUGCUUAGAACCGAAGUUGGUGACAACGAGGGGAUCAAAGGAGGAAUAAAGAAGAGAAAAAAGGCAUCUCAGUCAAAGAAUAAGGGUAAGCGGGUGAGCUUCGCUGAUUCUGCAGAGCACUGA